AGAAGCUGAGGAAAAAGUGAAGGAGGGAUAUGAUGGAGAAAAGCAGGCCCCAACACCCCAACAGCCUCUGUGACCCAGCAAGAAGCCCUCCGUGUCCCUCUACCUACCUCACCUGCAGCAGACAAAGCCAAGGACAUGCAUACAACACCAAGAACACCUGCUAUGCAACGUUUCCACAACACCCUCUCUUUAGUUGAAGCAGAGGUCAUAGAACUCAGAGAGAGCAAGCUUCAAGAGGAUGACACUGUCCAGAAACUAAAAGAAGAGAUGAAACAGUUCAGGGAGGAGAGCAGAGCAUCUAUUGCUAAAUUAGAAAGCAGAAUGGACAAACUGAGUCAGACAAAUGAUGACCUCCGAUACCAUCUGUGCACAACAAGAGAGGAGCUAGAGCAGAGAGAGAGGUACAUUGACACCCUCAACCAGCAGCUAGUCAUUAUGUCCUCUGCAUCUAGAGAACAUCUCCACCAGCUUGGUACAACACAGGCAGAACCUGAGACCAGCAUAACCAGCAUGGCCUCCACCACACAGCCUGAUGACACUGCACCAGCCUCCCAGUCUGCUCCAGCCCAGGUCAACCAACCAGCCUCCCAGUCUGCUCCAGCCCAGGUCAGCCUCCCAGUCUGCUCCAGCACAGUGUGCUCCAGCCCAGGUCAACCUACCAGCCUCCCAGUCUGCUCCAGCCCAGGUCUACUUACCAGCCCCCCAGUCUGCUCCAGCCCAGGUCAGCAUACCAGCCUCCCAGUCUGCUCCAGCCUCCCAGUCUGCUCCACCCAGACAAUCACCCACAACUGCAAUCCUUAUCGAUUCAAAUGGGAAGUUCUUGGUCCAGGAAAGAUUAUUCCCUAGACACCAGGUGUAUAAGUUCUGGUGUCCUACAACUGAGAGUGCAAUGCAGCUACUUAGUCAGACCAGGAUUGACACCCCUGACAACAUCAUCAUCCACACUGGCACAAAUGACCUUCGUGCCAAAGGUGAAAAUGUAUCUGGGGCAGUGAGAAGAGUGGCAGAGCGGGCACAGGCUAUGUUCCCAACAACCAAAAUAGUUGUGUCCACCCUCCUACCAAGAAAAUACUUCCCAGGACAGUUGAUCGACAAAAUAAAUCAACAGAUCACUGUGGACUGUGCCUCACUGCUCAAAACCCAUCACCCCAGCAGCAGAGGCCCCCCGAUCCACUUCUGAAACAACAGUACCCCCACCAUCCCCAGGAGAGAGGAGCCAGAAACUGCUUAAUACAGCACAGCUCUACAAGACCGGGCCCAACACAGCACAGAUUUACCAGACCAGACCCGCCUCAGGACAGCCCUAC